UGUGGAUCGCGCAUGGAAUAGAUUGAACAAUUUCUCGAUGUGAAUUACACAUUACAAAGUUACUUGCAAUUAUUAGUUUACUACUGUGAUUAAAAUACAACAUUUCAAAUGUCGCAUUCAAACAACAAAACCAGUUUCAUAGGCCUCGCGCUAUUGUGCCUGCUGAGCAGCGUGGCGGCCUAUAACUACCUGUUGGUGCUACCCACCUCCGCACGUUCGCACUACAAUGUGGGUUCGUCGCUGGCCAAGGGCCUGGCGGCAGCUGGUCAUCAGGUGACCCUUGUCUCACCCUUUGCACUAAAAAAACCAAUUAAGAAUAUUAACGAUAUGCCGCUGCCGAACGUCUUGAAAGCUAUGGGGGGCGAUAUAGACAGCCUAUUGAAAAAGUCAGAACAGCCCAUUAUACAACAAAUUGUUGGAUUCUAUGAUAUGGGCCUACGCAUAACUGAAGCAUUACUUAAGGAUCCGCUCGUGGUUCAGUUGCGACAAUCAAACCAGACCUUUGAUGCUGUCAUCAGUGAGGUGUUCCUGAAUGAGGCCCAAUUUGGUCUGGCUGAACAUUUCAAAGCGCCACUCAUUGGACUGGGCACAUUUGGAGCCAUUAGUUGGAACACAGAUCUGGUUGGCUCGCCUUCACCACCCUCGUACGUACCGCAUGCGCUGCUCAAGUUCUCGGAUCAUAUGACCCUGACCGAGCGAGUUAUCAAUUUGGCCUUUCUUAGCUACGAGUAUCUGUUCAUGAAGCUGUACUAUUUACCGAAGCAAGAGCACAUCUAUACCAAGUACUUCCCUCAGAAUAAGCAGGACUUUUAUGACAUGCGCAAGAACACGGCGCUGGUGCUGCUUAAUCAGCACGUCUCGCUGAGCUUCCCCAGGCCCUACUCGCCCAACAUGAUCGAGGUAGGCGGCAUGCAUAUCAAUCGCAAGCGUCAGCCGCUGCCGCAAGACAUUGAAGAGUUCAUUAAAGGUGCCAAACACGGCGUCAUAUACUUCUCCAUGGGCUCUAACUUGAAGAGCAAGGAUCUGCCGCAGGAGAAACGUCUGGCACUAAUUGAAACUUUUAGCAAGCUCAAGCAGCGCGUGCUUUGGAAAUUUGAGGAGCCUAAUUUGCCCGGCAAACCGGAGAAUGUUUUUAUCUCGGACUGGUUCCCGCAGGACGAUAUAUUGGCACAUGAAAAUGUAAUCUUGUUUAUCACACAUGGCGGUCUGCUGAGCACCACAGAAUCCAUUUACCAUGGCAAACCUUUUGUGGGCAUUCCCAUUUUCGGCGAUCAGUUUCUGAAUAUGGCUCGUGCCGAACAGAAUGGCUAUGGCCGGACUGUUGUCUAUGAGGAGCUAACUGCCGAGCGGCUGACCAAGGCUAUUCAGCAGCUCGUGCAGGAUCCGCAUGCCAAACAACUGGUCGAGGGCAUGUCCUCUCGCUAUAAAGAUCAGCCGCAAUUGCCGCUGGAGCGUGCCGUCUACUGGGUGGAGCAUGUGACCAGGCAUAAAGGUGCAACGUACUUGCGUAGUGCAUCACAGGACCUGAACUUUGUGCAGUAUCACAAUUUGGAUGCCAUUCUGAUUCUGUACGGCGGCAUUCUGUUUGUGUUUUACUGUCUGCUAUUGCUCAUACGCCGUGUGUGGCGCGCCCUGCAGGACAUCUUUAUGAGUCGCCAACAGAAACAGCCGAAAUUGAAGCGUAAUUGAGUUAAAAACAAAGCUUAAACCCUAAGACAUGUUUAUGUUGUAUUUUGUAAAUGGUAUCUGUAUCUAUAGGGGCCGCAUGUUACGCCUUUGCUUCUGCUUAAGCUCAUAAAAAUUUCAGUGCGAGCUGCGGUUAGUUUUGCUGCCGGCGCCAAACUUGUAAAAUAAAAUCGAAAAUAUUUUGUAUAGCUAUCGACAA